AUGACGACGAGGAAUAAUAACAAACGGCCCUCGGCGCCUCUUGCCUGCACCGAGUGUCGCAAGCAGCAUCUCAAGUGCGACGCUGCCCGUCCGGCGUGUUCUCGCUGCCGCAAGACCGCGCUGCCCUGCCAUUACCUGCCCUCGCGUCGGGGAGGCUGUCGACGACGCCAGAGCCAGCCGGCAGCGUCGAUAUCGGGCGUUGGUGCAUCCGUCUCAUCGCGAGUUCCAUCGGGGACAUCAUCCUCGCUCGUCUACGACACUCCUCUCGCCAUUCCGGGCCAGUUCGGAGCCUCCGGAACGCUCCCCCCAACGCCCGUCACGACCACGACGGCCUCCACCGGGGUUUGGCCUGGCGUCGUCGGGGAUGACGCUGGUCACAACAGCCACAACGAUAACAGCCGUCGCGGGCAUGACGACGCAGAGGAUAGGAUCGACGACCGGCUGGUCCGGUUGUUCUAUGAGAAUUUCCAUGGCGCCCAUCCAAUCCUGGUGCCCAGCAGUCUAUUUGCAGGGCGCAGAUACCCGCAUUUCCUGCACCUCGUCGUCGCCUUUAUCGGCUCGCAUUAUGCGCCCCCCGGCCCAAGCCAGCAGCUGCUGGGUGAGCGAGUCGCCACCGAGCUGGCCGCCAGUCCUGACCGCUCGCCGGCCAUGGUCCAGGCGCAGCUGAUGUAUGCCAUCGCGCUGUAUGCUCGAGGCCAUUCCGGAGACGCCCAGGCCGCGCUGGGUCGCAGCGUUGCCAUCGCCCUCGAGCUGGGCAUGUAUCGGCGGGACUUUGCCCCCGGUCGCGACAUCGAGGCCGAGAGCAUGCGUCGCACCUGGUGGGAGCUGUACAUUGCCGACGUCCUCAUGGCGGUCCUGCACGAGAAGAGUAUAUUCCAGUGCAGCAGCGUGCCGUACGAUGUCGCCCUGCCGUGUGAAGAGGCCGUGUAUGCCGGAGCCGGCAGCAGCAGCAGCAGCAGCAGCAGCAGCAGCAACCACAUUAUCCCCGAGCCACCAACCUUGCUGGACUUCAAACAGCGGGUGUUUGCCGCCGAUGAGCUCGCGUUCUCUUCCUUUAGCUAUCGUAUUGACGCCACGCGGAUCCUGAGUCGCGUGCUGGCCCUCAACCGCCUGCAGGAGUGCCACCGCGACCACCUGCAGGCCGUCGAGAACGCCUUGGUCAGUUGGAUCAAUCACAUCCCCGCCAAAAAGGUCGACAUCGUCGACGCCUACGGUAACGUCGACGAGAUGAUCUUCCAGGCCCACCUGACCGUCAACUACGCCGCCAUGUUGCUGCAUCUACCGCGCAGCCACCUGCAGCCCGUCCUGCCCGAGGCUGCCGCCGUGACCACCGCCGCCGCGGGAACCGCCUCUUUGUUCGCCCCCUGGAUGCCGGCCCACCGGCCUCCAUCCUUCACCCGUCUCGUCCACAGCAUCAAGGCCACCGAGGCCUCCAAACAGCUCUCGGACUUUGUCUCCGUCUGCCCCUCUGUCCACCGGCACUCGCCCUUCCUGGUCUCCGCCCUCGUUCUCUGCAGCGUCGUCCAACUGGCCACCUCGCUCAGCCACGGCGACGACUGCUUCGAUCACCAUUGCAACCGCGUCAUCCUCGUCCUCGGCUGUCUCAAGAAUCUUCGUCGCACCUGGGCCGUCGCAGACCCGGCCUACCAUCACGUCCGCACCGCCGCAGCCUCCAUCCUCGCUAACCCCAUGCGCAAGCUCUCCCCUGACCAGCUUCCUUCUUCUACUACUACUACUACUACUACUACUACUACUACUCCUGCUGCUGCAGAUUCUUCUUCUACAGCCUCCGCCACGGCCACUGCUGACCAUGACCUGGCUUCCUGUCAUGAACUGACGCCCGCGUUCAUCGAUCCAACCUGUAGCAGCACGUAUUUCUUCAACACCAUCCCAGACUUUGAUCUUACCUAG